AUGGGGAAGCUGGCGAUGGGAGAGCAAAAUCCCACUUCAUGGAAAUACACAUGGAAGAUUACCAACUUCACUAGCUUAACUCAAAAGAGAUACUACGACUCUGAAGUGUUCACGAUCGGCGGCAAUGCCUGGCGAAUAGUCAUAUUCCCCAAGGGGAACAAUACAGACAAUUUGUCGAUAUACUUGGACGUCCCUGAUCACAGGAGGCUACCAGACGGGUGGAGCAGAAGCGCGCAUUUCAGAUUGAUUCUGGUCGAUCAGAACAAUUAUGGCAAUUCCUGGAUUAGGGAAGCGAAACGAGAUUUCACUGCAAGAAACUGGGACUGGGGCUUCACAUCCUUCAUUCCAUUGAGUGAAGUCUAUGAUGACAUCCGUAACGGGUAUUUAGUGAACGACACUGUGACGGUUGUAGCGGAGAUUUUGGCUUCCCAACCCCUGGCCGGAAAUACUCAUUUGGCUGAACCUCGUGCAAAUGUCCCUCAGGCAACACCAACAGAUACGUUCGACAUGUAUUUCACAAAUCUUGAGAAAAUUAUUAACGUUGCUCAGAGUUCUCCCACCAGAGGAGGGUGGAACGCAAGCAAUCAAAAAAGUGCUCUUUCAACUUCUGAGGCUCCUACCUUGGAAGAAGUAGAGAAUGCUAAGCAGUCUCUGAAGGAGUGCCUCUCUGAUAUCUUCAAGCUAAAUGUAAAAGACAGAUUGGCAGAAGCAAUGUUGACGUUAAGCAUAGCCAAAAGCGGGUUAUCACUGGACCAGCAAAAAUCGGUCAAGGCCUUUUGGGCAAACUUCGAUGAGUUCACUUCUGACUUUUUGACCUUCGAGCAGGACAAUGCCGAAUUCGAGCUACAGAAAUUGAUGAAGGAUCAAAUGCUCGCAACGAUGAAGAAGAAUCACGAGACUCACAUCUCGUACAAGCAGUUGCAUGAUGACCUGACCAAAGAGGAGGAAAAGCUCAGCAAAAAACUUGAGGAAGUGAAGUCCAGAAGAGAAAAGCUCAUUUCAGACUGGGAGAUUUUGAUGGUCGAGUCGGAGGAAGCGAAAUCUGGGCACGAGGAUCAAGCCAAGAAAGUAGCAGAGGCCGAGGAAAAGAAGAGAAUAGCCGAGGAAAGAAUGUCUAGAUCAACCACUGCCUGGUCAAAUUUGAAGAUUCAAUUCUGUUAAACACCCGUGACUUCGAGAUA